AUGGCUAGUGGAUCGCUGGCAUAUCGACCACACCAGGAUCUGGACACAGACCUGACGAAGUUUGGCUUCCUAGUCUAUGCUGGAACCGUUCGUGACUUCCACGAAUGGGAGUUCCGAGCUAUGACAAGGUGGAAGCAGACCAAGGUGGAGGAUAGAUCCGACCUUGCGUCCAAGUUCCUCGACUCCUUAAGGAGCGAGGCAUACAUUGUCGCAGAAGAUUUGGGUACCGACGUUCUGUUCUCGAGUCAGAACAUCCCCAAGGUGAUCGAGGCGGUUAGAGAACGCCUGUUCCCUCUGGCGGAACAAGAGACGAAGGAACUUUAUCGGUUAGGGACCCAAGUCGGCGGCAUGUUGUCACGACAGCCGGGGGAGCCGAUGAUCUCCUACAUCGACCGCCGCAAGCGGUGGCUACGCAAGCUUCAGCAAUUGGACAAGGCCCUUCACAUAAGUGAAGCGGUGCUGACAGAUUUGUUGCUGGACAACAGCGGGCUCACCCGGCAAGAGCGACUCAUGGUGCUGACCUCGAUGUCAGGCAGCACAGCGACGAAGGAUGCCGAGGCAUCACUGAUUCGCAUGCACAAUCGUAUCCAUACGUUGGAACGAAAGCAGCCAUCCGCCAAAGGCGGAACUGGCAAAGGGAAAGGUUUUCCCAGGAAGGGAGACCGAGGAAAAGGUAAAGGAUACGGCAAGAGAUCCCAGAAAGGGACUGCUUACACGUACCUUUCGGCCGUGGAAGACCUCUUCGAGUACCCUGACGCCGAAGAAGACGACGACGGAACAGCCUACCUGGCAGGCCAAGAGGACCAGGACGGCCAAGGCGGUGAUGGGCAGGACUGGGCGUACCACGGCGCUGGGUUCGACGAGGAAGACAAAGAGGCUUUGGCGUUUCUCGCAGACACCGUGCAGUGCGAGACCGUUGCCUUUAUGGCGCGGGCCAAGGCUAAGGGUAAAGGAAAGUCUGUGAUGCAGAAGAGUGCACAUGGAUAUCGGCCGAGAUCUACCGGUCUCACUGUUGAAGACAGGAGACGGAAGCUCCAUGAGAUUAAACUCAGGAGCACGUGCAAAACGUGUGGCAGAAAGGGCCACUGGGCUGGUGACAAGGAAUGCCCAGGCCCAGGGAAAGGUGCAGGAAAGCCUGCAGUGGCACACCUUGCCCAGGUCAGGCGUGUGAUGGAUAAAUCCACACAGACCUGCGACUUCAGCGCUAGCCCCAGCGAGAGCGACAGCGAGAGUCAAGGCUUUGACCCGGAGCCAACAGCGAACUACGUUAGCUUGGGUCAGGACUCUGAGACGGAGCCUGCGGCGUACAUGGGUUUCUUCGACAGGACCGACUUUGAAGAGUCCGACGAAGAGCUCCUGGACGACUUUGCGUCGCAAGGCGCCCCCUCCACGGAAUGGGAUACCAUAGAGUACCCUGAUGGCAGCGACCAGGUGUUUCGGUUCGGGAUGCACAGGGGUAGCACCUACCUUGAGGUUUUGCAGAACCACCCCGAUUACUACUAUUGGGGCCUCAAGGAGAAAGAGCCGAGCACCAUGCUAGAAGCAUGGCUUAUCUGGGUGUAUCGCAACUUUGAGGUUCCACCGGUCGGCGGUGGAAGGGCUACACUCAGGGCGGUCACGUUGCCGGUGGAGGCCGACUCGCUGCAGAAGGCUAGGAAGGAGGUGACCUUUGAGAAGGCACCUAAGAGCAAGCUCGGGUUGUUGAAGGCGGAUCCCAAAGGACCGUGUGUUGGCGGCUGUCCCGCACACGCUCUGAACAAAGCCGGUAGCAACGCGCAUGUAAUCAAGACUACUUGCAUGUUGUGCGGCACCCGGACCUCAAACCCGAGACCAAAGGCUGUACCGAAGAACGACCCCCUCACGUGCGAGCACAAGCGCACAGACAACAGGAACAGCACGAGAUCGGUACACCGCACCUUUUGCCUUGAUUGUUGCACUGUGGUAGAGGAAAUCCCGCAGAAGCUCUUUAAGGAGCAGAAGGGACUCGCCGAGCAGGUGCAGCAGUCUCCACUCAAGGUGCAGAACCUCACGAGGAGACAGCUGGAGGAGUACAACUUUACGAAGUUUGAGGCAGGUGAGGUGGUUAAGAAGUUCUUCAAGCACAUGGACAAGUUUUUGUUGAAAGUUGACAACGUCAGUUCAACCGAGUUGUCUAGUUGCCUUGAGGAUGCAAUGGACCAAGUUGUAGAGCAAACGAAGUUACGCAUGCAACAUGGUAGGGCAGCUGACGUAGCUAGGUCUAGUCAGGAAGUAGAGCCCCCACCUUUGCCUGCGUUUUCUCCUGUGCGUCGUGAGCGUAGGAGUGCACAGCCUCGUGAGCAUGCGUCGCCCGCCGCCGCAGCAGCAGCUGGCCCGAGGGAGAGAGGCGCAGCUGUUAGAGACGCCAUGGCGGCGUCGCCUCCCAGCGGAAAGGGCUGGGGAAGCCGAGAGAAGUUCGCCGGCGUGGCGACGGUGAACAAGGAAGGUGAUCCUGGAGAGGACACCAAGCUGACGCUCACCGCUCUGGUGGGGCAGCUGCAGAAGGAUGAUCUCGAAGGAGACAUCAGCCCGAAGAGCGUGCAGAGCUCAGACAGUGAGCCUGCACCCCUGGACGAGGAGAUUGCUGAGCCGCAACUCCAGCUCGUGGAUCCCUUAGAGGACCACGAAAACGUCUGGGUGAUGCUGGACGAGGGCUGCAACCAGACUUGCCACGGGACGAAAUGGAGGGCUCACUCCUCAAAGGUCCUGGCAAAGUUUGGGUUGCAGUUCACCAGCGUGCGCUCGAGCGGCACGAGCUUCAAGGGCAUUGGAGCGGCUCGAGCGACGGGCAAGUUCGCAAUGCCGUUCGCCCUCCGCAUCAUGCCGGAGAGCGGAGGCCUUCGCCGGAGCACCCGUCUGCAGGGAGAGCUCUCCAGCGUGGAGCUGGACUCUCCGGACGUGCUAUGCCUCCUGUCCUUGCAGGAUCAGGUUCAGCUUGGCCUGAUCAAGGACCUGAGGCGUGGCGAGUGCCGAAUCUCGGGUUACGCCGGGACACUGCAGUUGGCGAGGCACUCGAAGACUGGCCUCCUCCUCCUGUGCGUGAGCCAGUUUGGGGCGAACGUCACAGAGAGGCACAGAAAGUUUGCAGUGAAGCCGGAGGUGAUCCCUAAGAGGACAUCCAAGAAGGAGAAGAACACGUUCUCGAUCCCUUUGAGGGACGGGACCUCAUUCAAGGAAGAGACCUUGAUCCCUUCAGGGGACAAGGACAGCACGGCGUACAUGCUGUCCGAGAUGGUGAAGGAGGCCGAAGGACAGCGGAAGGAGGUUCUGGUGGUCACGUUGGGCCUGGAAAAGGUCGAGACCUGCCAGCGUGGACGCGGCACCUACUGUGGACUCACGGAACUUUUCCGGAGUAUGCGGAAGGGGCAGUCGCACGAGUUCUCGCUGAACAACGAAGCCCACGAAGACACGCUUCUGGAAAGCCUGCGCCAGAAUUUUGAAUCCUUCCGGGACUACGCCACGGAGCAGAUCCUCUUCCUGGACUGCCGGCACAUGAACGACCCUGGGAAGGACAAGUCCCUCAGGGACCACUUAGGCACGUACCCCAAGAACGUGCAAGCCAUGGUUUUGGACCAGAAGAGAAAUGGCAAGUGGGUGGCGUUCAUGAAGGAGGUCGUGCCGGCCGUGCACAAGCUCAUCCAGGAGAACGAGGAGACGUACGAAGUGCAAGCGCAGCUUCUUCACCUUUGCGACGGACACAACUGGAGAUACCUAUGCGGUGGUUGCGCGGAGUGCAACUGGGAGUCCAAGGAGGCUAAAAGCACCGCAGAGAAGGUGAUGGACUUCGCGCUGGUUCGAAUUCGUGCCCAAGGUGUGGGUGCGAAAGGAUGGCCAGCGCCGCUUUUAGGCGACGAUGGCGUCGUGGUGGAAGAGCCGAUCCCUUCGGGGACAGCUCAGGCAGCGGGCGCGGGAUCGACGCCGCAGCCUGACUCGGCUGUCAAGGAAGAGGCCGCUCAAGGCGAGCAGCCCGGAGACAAGGACCACGACGAGGAGGACACCGCUGGGGCAGCCGAGGCCAGUGCCAGCUCGAAGGCACAGGCGCAGCCUUUCACGGUGGACACCCCUGACGGAGUGUCGGUGCCAGUCCACGACUUGCGCCCCGAGCUGGAAGGAUUAGAUGACAAGUCCCUUGAGAAGGUAAGUUUUCUUUUUCUUUCUAGGGUUUAUAGUGUCUUCAACCCAGCGAAGCUUACAGAAGUCACUACGCUCGUUGCCAAGUACGCGGCGGACCACACCUCGCUCACCUGUGCCGUUGCCGCGAAGUACUUGGAGUACGAGGCGGCGAAGGCACUCCUGUCGUCGCUGGUGGCAGACGUCCGAUCCGGAAAGCGGACGGAAAAAGAGUGGGACACCGACCUGGAGCUGGCGAACCGAAGCCUGGACGUGACCAGGCGUGUGGGUCACGAGGGAGCCGGACCGCCGGUUCGCGUGUCCUACAGGGCACACGCUGCGAAGUCCUGGGAUAAGAUCCCGACGGAGUUGCAGCGCUACCGCAAGCACGUGGCGAUCCAAUGGACGCCCGAUGGGCCCUGGGAGUGGCGCGAGACCAACGCGGCCGCCCACUCAUGGGUUUACUUCGGCGACCGUUGGGACCAGCACCCGCGCCACAUGCUGGUGUUCUUGGUUCCGCCACGCGGUGGCAGUGCCUUCUACGUUGGAGGCAUGCUUCCGGAUCUCAUGGCUUCCGACCUGAAGGUGAUGAAGAAGGAGACCGGAAAGAUGUUUGAGGAUUCUUGCAAGAACCUCAACACGCACGACGACCUGCUGAUGCAGGCCUUGGGGCUCCCGUCGGUGGCGAUCACGGGCGAGCCGCCCACGAUCUUUGCCCUGGCGAGCUCGGAGUUCCAGCCCGGAUCCCUUGAGAGGACCGGCGCUAAGGUGAUCGUGCGUCACCCUGGCUACCGUAUGAUCCUUCUGGAGGACAUCGGUUGGCAGAAGCAAAUCUCUAAAGAGAUUGCUAAGAUCCGUCCCGACCUCCUGCUGUUGGUGUACAGUUUGGAAGACCAGGCGAUAGGUGAAGUCAUGUCUAGUUGGGCGAACUGUGACCAUGACAUACACUACUCACCUGUGAGCAUCGACACAGUAGGCACGCAAGUUGGUUUUGCCGAAACCUUGUUGCUUGUGUUGCAAGAGGGCUGUGUAGAGGACCACGUUGCUGAAGCGUUUCCUGUUGAGGCAAGGCAGGAUGAGGUCGAGCAAUCUGGUACUCUAGAUGCUAUAGUGGAUCUUAGAGACAACAGGACCACUUUUAUGGAUGAUCUGGAACUCGCCGAAGAAGCAGACAUCUUAGACACGUUGCCUCUAGCAGGGUUUCCGAAGGAAGAGUCUGAAAGGAGGAAGGCGUGGUCUAAGGUACUCCGUGGGGCAGGUGCUUCUGAAGAGUUGGUGAAUGCAGCUAAGAUCUUCAAGUGUGAGUCUUGCAGGGUUAGCGAAGAGAAGGUUUGCACACACCCUGUGUCAGCUCCACCACCUUACGAGUUCAACCACACAGUUUCGGUGGACGUGCUGGAGACUGCAGACUCAACAGGCGCAAAGUUUAGCUGGCUGAACAUUAUAGAUGUCGGCACAAGCUAUCAAGUUGUGACCUUGGUCCGCGUGCAGAAGUUCAUGCAGCACUGGGUUUCCCCUUUUGGGUGGCCAAAGGUGGUUUCCCACGACCGUGGUUUACACAACCGGGGCGCUUUCGCUCACGGCUUGGGUAGCCAUGGAGUCCAGAUCCGCCAAGCCGGACUGGAAUCGCCUGAGCACAUAGGAAAGUGCGAAAGGCAUGGAGGCAUCAUAAAGCGAGCCUUCAAGCGUUUGGUCAAGGACCACAACGUUGUGGGCAAAGAUGAUGUCAAGGUGGCGAUGCUCGAGGCGCAGGUCGCAAAGAACGAGUUCAUGCGUGUUGGAGGCUUCAGCCCCACCCAGUGGGUGCUUGGACGCCUGCCCAGAGGAGUGGGCCACGUUUUGGACGAGGAAGAGCUAGGACAGCUUGGAGUCUUGUCGGGCAGGUCAGAUGCCACGACUGCGUUCGGCCGCCAGGCCGAAUUCCGCCACACUGCCAGAAAGGCAUUCGUCCAUGAGGACUGCAGUCGCAGGGUACGAAAGACCGUUUUGCGAAAAGCGGCUCCCCUGCCGGGGAAAUACCAAGCUGGCGACCUAGUUUGCUAUAGGAUCGCGCGAGAUGAGCACUCAGGGCGUACCUGUGGCGACCAGCUUGGCACGACUCAGACCGUGCACAUCGCUGAGGUUCUAGCGUUCCAAGUGUUGAACCGUGGCAACAUACAGUACGAGCACGCGGAGGUUGAGCGCGAGCAGCAGAGGUACAUUGAUGCCACCGGGGAUGAUCUAGUACUAGACGACCCAGAAGAGCCACCGGACGGAGGAAUUGGGAUAGGUACUCCGAUCCAAAUGGAUGCCGAAGCAGAUCCUCCAGAGACUGCGGCCGCUGCUCCAGAACGAGCUGUUCGAAGGAGAGUUGGAGCAACACGUGAAGAGUCACGGGCCGUGACUGUGGAGGAGCCAGAGGACGAACAGGUGGACCCUUCAGGAGGGAUCCAAGAGCCGAUGGCUGAGGACACGGCGGUGGACGCCGAUGGUGAGGCCGAGGCCACGGAAGGCAGCUCAGCGCUUCUUCUGAGGGCUUACGCCAGCCACUUCUGGACGAAAGAGGAAAGAACCGUUUGGAACUCACUCCCCGGGGAAAAGGAGUACGAGGCCUUACGGGUUUUCUUCGCAGACCGCGUCGAGGACGACAAGAAGGUGACGCAGUGGCGCAAGCGCCGCAAGAACUUUACGUCCAAGAAACAGAAGGAGAAGCACGGGAAGAUCCUAAUGUACCACAAAUGCCCUGAGGAUGUUCAGAAGGAACUGGACAAGAGCAGAGCCAAGGAGUGGGCAAAGUGGCAGGACUUCAGUGCUGCGAUCAUUCUUGAUGACGCUCAGUAUGAUGAGUUGAUCCGUGAAGGACAUCAAGUCAUACCUACCCAAUGGGUAGAGCUGGACAAGAACCACAACAAGAGGUUACUUGAUCCUACCGUGGAGGCCAACUACAAGAGUAGAUUGGUUGUUCGGGGUGAUCUUGAGAAGGGUGAUCCUAGGAGUGAUAGCCCUACUGCUAGCAUAGAAGCUCAGAACUUAGUGUUUUCGUUUGCGGCUUCUAGGAAGGUCAAGAUUAAGUCCCUGGACGUGACCAACGCCUAUUUUCAAGGCGAGGAGAUAGAUAGAGUACUUCUACUAUCUCAGCCCAAGGGAGGACUCCCUGGGCUCAAGCCCCACCAGCACAUGCUGGCGAGAGCACCCAUCUACGGCAGCACCGAUGGUGGUAGACGGUUUUGGAAGCGGCUUAGGAAUUACCUUAAGGGUAAAGGACUCCGCGAGAACCGCAUCUACCGCGCUUUGUACAGUUACACCGACGCCGAUGGGGUUGUACAGUUGCUCUUGACGUCCCACGUAGACGAUCUAUUGUGGGCUUGUGAUCCGUCAUGUGAUUGGAUCAUGAACGAUCUUAUUGAGACGUUCAAAUGUGGAAAGGUCAAGACCGGGAGCUUCAGGUACUGCGGGAAGGAGAUAAGCCAAGACGAGGAUUUCAAUAUCCAUGUGACCUGCAGCGAGACAACGAGGAACGUGAACAAGAUUCACGUUGACAAGAGGAGGCACCCGGGAGAUCCCUUAACGGACUCUGACAAGACGCAGAUGAAGAGCGUCGCGGGGUCCCUUGCUUGGGUUUGCAGGCAAUGCCGACCCGACUUGAGCUAUAGGGUAUCCAAGAUCCAGUCGGCUUCUAGCAAUGGUACCGUCGCUGACAUCAGAGAUGCCAACAAAGCGGUCGAGUACGCUAUUAGCACCUACGACAGAGGACUUGUUUUCAAGUCCGGGCUGUUGGACUGGAAGACACCAGGUGCUCUUUUGAGUCUGGUGAUCACGGACGCUUCUCACGCGAAUGAGUCCGAAGAGAUGAUCAUAAAUGAGAUGACAUCUGUGGAAGGACACCGGAGCCAAGGUGCAAGGAUGGUGUUUCUUACAGACGGCGCCCUGUGGAAAGGGAACAGGGGUAGCAUUCAUCCCAUCUUGUGGGCGAGCAACCUCGUUCGGAGGGUAUGUCGCUCCACCAUACAGGCAGAGGCCUACACACUUCAGGCAGGUGUGGAGGACGGUGACGUGCUGAGAGCAGCUGUCACUGACAUCUUCGGAUGCCUCGAUAUGAAAAGGUGGGAGGCUACGUCGGCCAAGACAGACUGUAAGAGUCUGGAGCUGACGCUUUCGAAUCCGAAAUGCAAUAAGCAUUCGGACAAGAGAUUGAGUAUCGAGAUCGCGUCUCUCAGACAGGAGCUAUGGCGCAAAGCUGGCGAGAAAGCAGGAGAUCCGUUUUACGACGACUACAAACCAGCGGAUGAUCAGUUAACUGACAUCGUCAGAUGGAUUGACACUGACGUGAUGAUCGCUGAUCCAUUGACGAAGGUCAUGGAGCCGGUCAAGUUGGUUGAGGCUCUGAAAACCAACACACUCGACGUAGAGCAGCCGCUCGAGAGUGUCGUGAAGAAGCGCGCCAAGCAGCUUCAGAGGAGGUCGACGAAGAAGGAAGAGGACAACGAGCAAGACCGUUGA